GGGUGCGCGGCAGUGGGGCCAGGCCGGGAGUCCCUGGUGGGGCGGAGCCGCUUUGUGGGGCGCACAGAUUUCCGCCCCGACGAGACGGCUUGGAAGGCGCAUUGAAUUCGGAUCGGGGCGCGUCUGUGGUUCUCCCUUGUCCUAGCCUGGAAACCGGCUCCAGCUGCAGGAGGAGGUGGUCCCCCCCUAUUUAUUUCUCACCACCCCAGCUUCCUAUUCGGAUAGAAUCGGGCCCCGCCUGGUUUGCUUGCCUUGCACCUGCGGGCUCCUGCGUCACGUCGGAACGGCGCCCUGGACGCGCGGGGGGCACCCUGGGGUGCCGACGGGUGCAGCACCCAGUCACCUGGCGAGCGCACUUCUCUUCCGCCGAGCCGGAGUCCAGCAGAGUCCGCCUCCCUGGAGCAGGUGGCAAGGCCUCCGGAGGUUUUUCCUGCUCGUUCUGCCUCUGCCACCGGGAGAAAAUGAAGCCCCAUGUCACCUACCACCAGCUGAAGACACUGCACAGCCCUGAGGAGCCCCCACAGACCGAGCAGCCCAGCUUGGCUCCAAAGAAGGACUUCCGCUGGAUCCUCGUGGUGGCCAUCCUCUCGACGAUGCUGGCGACCGCCCUCCUUUUCCACAUGCUCAUCCUCCCCUUUCGUGGUCCGACCUCGGCAGGGAAGGCGGCGGCUGCCGGGCCCUACCUGGGCAACAGGUGCAAGGAUCCCUGCAGGAGCGUCCUGGUGGAGAGCAUCCCCGAGGGGCUGACGUACGACGACAACAGCACCCUUAACCCUUCCAUCUUCGAUGCCUGGAAGACCCUCCUGGGAGACGCCAGCCGCAGCGUGGACAUUGCCUCUUUUUACUGGACCCUGAGCAACAAGGACACUCGCACCCAGGACCCCUCGGCCGGCCAGGGGGAGGAAAUCCUAGCAGCACUGAGGAAGGUGCCCGGCAGAGGUGUCACCCUGCGGAUAGCCGUUAAUCCUCCUUCUUCCCGUAUGCCAUGCUCUGACCUGCAACUGUUGGAGGAGAGUGGUGCCCAGAUCCGCAAAGUCGACUUCCCCCAGCUGACCGGUGGGGUCUUGCACACCAAGUUCUGGAUUGUGGACCAGCAGCACAUCUUCCUCGGCAGUGCGAAUAUGGACUGGCGUGCUCUCACCCAGGUUAAGGAGCUGGGCAUGGCUGUCUACAACUGCAGCUGCCUGGCCCAGGACUUGGGGAAGAUGUUUGAGGCCUACUGGGCCCUGGGUCUGCCCAACGCCACCAUCCCGUCGCCCUGGCCGGCCAAUUACUCCACCCCCUACAACAAGGAGACCCCUCUGGAGCUGGAGCUGAAUGGCACGGAGGCCGGAGUCUAUUUCUCGAGCGCCCCCCCUGCGCUGUGUGCCACAGGGCGGACGGAGGACCUCCAGUCCCUGGUGAGCAUCGUGGAUGACGCCGAUGAGUUUGUUCACAUUGAGGUGAUGAGCUACCUGCCCACCAUGGAGUUCUCGCACCCCAAGAGGUUCUGGCCAGUGAUUGAUGAUCACUUGCGGAAGGCGGCUUACGAGAGGAGAGUCCGUGUGCGGCUCCUGGUCGGAUGCUGGAGGCACUCCAAGGCCAACAUGUUCCCCUUCCUGCGCUCCCUGGCUGCCAUGCACGACAACCGCACCCACUACAACAUGGAAGUGAGGCUCUUUGUGGUCCCAGCCAACGAGACGCAGGCCAGGAUCCCCUACGCCAGAGUCAACCACAGCAAGUUCAUGGUGACAGACAAGGUGGCUUAUAUUGGAACGUCCAACUGGUCCGGGGACUACUUCCUCCACACGGCGGGGUCCGCACUAGUGGUGAACCAGAGCCAUGUGGGCGCUGGGGAGCAGCCCACGGUGCGGGAUCGGCUGCAGGCGGUGUUUGAGCGGGACUGGAACUCCAAAUACAGCCAGGAGCUGAGCUUGCCGGGCCAGUGGGAGCAGCUCUGCGGCACUUACUAGCCAAAGGGACACCCCCCCGCGCCUGUUCCCAGCUGGAGAGGGGCUUUGAGUACCAGCCCCCAUUGGAGGCCGGUGGAGGGACUUCCCCAGAGGCAGGGGGUCUCCCUGGGGAACCUUGCGGGACCCCUGCUCUCCAGCCGAGUGAACUAGGGGGUACCCAAGGCCUCCUGGGGGCAAAUGUUUGGGCUAAGAGAAGAGUGCCUUUCCUCUUCUAAACUCCUGCAAGGGAACAUUCCAGCCUGACUGAGGGAUUGGGGGUGGGUGGGGAGGGCCAGGGUUUGCCAUGCGCAAACGACCAAGUGACGUGCAAAGGAGCUUUUGGCGCAUGCAAAAUUGCCCCGACUGGGUAAAAAGUCACUGUUUCGAACUGGGAAGCAAAAGGUUUUUUUGCGUCGGUGGGAGGAUAGAUGUAGAGAAGAGGGUGUUUAGCAGUUAGGGGGAAAGGGUACGUAGGUUUAAGGAGAAGAAAACGGAAAAGGCUUCCUGGCCAAAGAGAUCCCUCGAGGAGGAAUCCCCUCCUCCUGUUAAGCAGAAGUGUGGAGAAUUGCAGGAGUGGAGAUGCUGUAGUAGGCGAUGUGCCACUCAGAAGCUCCCAAGUCGGGUGGGACCUGUCUGAACCUGUGGAGAGCCUCUGCCAGUCAGUGUAGGCUGUGCUGAGCUAGAUGGGCCAAGCAGUCCAACUUGGCACUCCCUGUUCUGCCUUGUUUCUCUGCCAUGAAUGCCUUUCGGAGAGCAGCACGCACCCCAAGGGCAACUAACCAGCUUCUGUUGCUGCUGAAACCGCUACUGUCCUUUCUUGACCAGUGGCUCUUAGGCACUCUGUACUCAAAGAGUGCUGGUGAUGAGAACCGUAGGCUCAUAGAGGUGGAAGGGAUACCCAAGGGUUGUCUAGUCCAACCCCCUGCUGCAAUACAGGAAUCCUAGCUGAAGCAUCCCUGGCAGGUGACCAUCCAACCAUCCCGGUUUCUGAGGAAGGAGAUUCCACCCCCUUCUGAGGGACACCGCUCCACUGCCAAACAACUCUUGCUGUCAGAAAGUUCUUCCUGGUGUUUAGUCGGAAUCUCUCUUCUUGUACCUUGAAGCCAUGGGUUCAAGUUCUGCCCUCCAGAGCAGGAGAAAACUGGCCUGCUCCAUCUCCUAUGGCAGCCCAAUUUAACCCAUCUGGCUCAGCAAAGAGCAGUAAAGGAAGAGCAGCUACCUCUGUCCUCUUGAACCAAAAGAGCUGGGUCAAGUGUCAAAUGCUGAGAUGGGUCUUCCUUUGUCAUAAUCCAGGCUAGGAGCAUCGGCAGCUUAUAGAGAGAACCUUCCAGGCCCAUAUAUUCUGGUAGGGAUGGAUUCAUAUCCUUUUCUCCCAGGUCAAACAUUUAUUGCCAUCAACACGAAGUGGGGAGUCCUAGAAGUGUAGUUAGAAGGGACCCCAAGGGUCCUCUAGUCCAACCCCAGACUCCCUGCGCCCUCUGGGUGUGAUUUCAAGGGCAUUAUUCUCCCACUGUCUCUGUGGAGGGAUCCAUCCUGCACGGGGUUUUGACAUGCGGUUUAGGGACUGUCAACCCGGCAAUGGGGUGGUAGCCUGGAUUUUUGCUGUCUUCAGUAUAGACCUUUGGUCAAUUAAAGGAUAAUUU